UUCGCAAGGCGGUCAUGGUAACGUCGGGACGCUUAGCUUCGCUACGGGAAGAGCUAGCUAGCCUAGCCGAGCUAACGGUGCUCGCGUUUUAAACGCGACCGAACUGAAUUUAGCUGCAUUUCGAUCUGAUUAAAUGUCACUUUAAAUACACGAAUUAAACCCGCAGUUUAAUCCACAUCAUUCCACCUUUCAGCGGCCAAACCACAGCAGAGCUGCGCUGUUCAGCAGGCAUGCUAACAUGCUAACCGCAGCAGCAGCCGCAGACUCGGUCUGAUCUCCACCCGCGAUUAAAGCUGCAGUUUAGAAAAUCAAUAUAAUGAUGGCUUUUUAUGAAGUUUACUCUCACCCGGCUCUAAUAAGGUACAGAAGCAGCGUUUGGACUCGAGCAACGCUGUUCGUGCUGAUUGUUUUCUGCCUCACUUACAUCCCCCCGCUGCUGAUAGCCUACAGGAGCCAAGGGUUCUGGCUGAAGCGCAGUACGUAUGAAGAGCAGCCGGUUGUGCAGUUUCAGUACCAGAUGUUAAUGAUUGGAGCGACUGGUACGGCAGGAGAGUUUGUGGCCUGGAGCACCUUUCCAAACUUCAACCGUCUGCUGGGAAAUAACCUUCGCAUCCCCUCUGUGUCUGUCAGAGAGGAGGACAGUAAUCAGGAUGGAAAAUCAGACCGUCUGAGUCUCCAGCUGGCUGUUCCACUAAAAGCAGGAGAGCAGAUUUACAGCAUUCAGCUUCUCCUCAUCUUCUCCUAUCAGCUGUUUCGGAUGUCCACUGUAGUGAUGCAGUCUCUGGCCUUUAUUCAGCACUCGUCCUCAGUCCCCGGAUCACAGCUGUUCAUCAGCGGAGACCUGACACUCCACCAGAGAACCCCCCUCCCUCACCGAGGACUACACACUGCGUACAACGUGUCGGUGGUUGAUGGAGCGAGUCCGUUCGCUAGUGCCUACGAUCUCACCAACAUCAUCCGGGCCUAUCAGGAGAGAAACUUGACGACUCAUCUCUCCUGCCCGGCUCCAGUGUGGAUCGUUGGUCGAGCUGUGAAUGCACCCUUUCAGAUUAACGCAGAAAUACGUUACCCGGUGGAGUCAGUCAGAUAUCCUUUAUCCGGCUUCUGGGAGGUGAUUAAGUUUGCCUGGAUCCAGUACGUCAGUGUUCUGCUCGUAUUCCUGUGGCUCUUUAAUCGCAUUCAGACGUUCGUCUUUCAGAACCAGGUUCUGCCCACCGUUCCCGUCCCCCUGCUCAAACCCCACACCUCCUGACCCGAACACAGCAGAGGCAGCGCGUCCUCCACUGUUACUGCAGUGUUCUGUUUAUUAAAGAACCAUUCAGUCAAACAUUCAGAAGGAGAACCACUUUUGGUUCCCCUCUGGCGUCGCUCCAAAAAGCCCUUUUUGCCACCUUUAUUUUUAUGAGUGUGUAGUUUUAUACAGCCUUUAAUACAGUUUGGUAUGUUUGUAUGAGUUUUUGGUGAAAUUAUUUUGAAUAGGAAUAAAUCAUCUUUGAUUAGAAGAACCUGUCGAGUGUAAUUAUUGGAGAAUCGUUAAUUGCACUGCUGUGGUUGUAUGUUAAUGUUGUGAUGUAAUUGCUGUUGUUGAUGUGCUACAGUAAAUAACAGUGAUGUUCCUGUUACUGAAUCACAGCACAAGAACUCCAGGCUGACUUUAAGGUUUUCUUUGUAUUUAGUGAACAUUUUCACAGAU